GGGAAAGACAAAGAAAGGGGUGCGGCAAGUGGCAGGCGCCCGAGGGAGGAGAGUGACCUCAGCGCCAGAGAAGCAUCUGCUCGCAGAGCGAGGGCGGACCGCACUGGAGGAGCCCCUUCUCUCCCUCUCCCCGUCCGAGCUUCGGCUCUCUGCAGCGGCCGUGGCCGGCCGGGGGGCUGUCCUGGGCGUAAAUUGGAGCUCUGGGCUCCCUCGGGGACCAUCUGCUGCCCACAGCCCAGCUGCCAACCCUCCUGCCGCUCCUGCUGGGUCAUGGGAGCCCCAAGUCACACCACCACCUGGGGCAGGGCCCUCUGGGCCCUCCUCCUGACCACACUUGGCUCUGUGGCCAGCCAGCCGCUGGGGGGAGAGUCUGUCUGCACGGCCCAGCCCCUGACCAAGUACAGCAUCACCUUCACGGGCAAGUGGAGCCAGACAGCCUUCCCCAAGCAGUACCCCCUGUUCCGACCCCCCGCACAGUGGUCCUCCCUGCUGGGGGCAGCGCACAGCUCCGACUACAGCUUGUGGAGGAAGAACCAGUACGUCAGCGACGGGCUCAGGGACUUUGCUGAGCGGGGCGAGGCCUGGGCCCUGAUGCGGGAGAUGGAGGCGGCCGGGGAGAAGCUGCAGAGCGUGCACGAGGUGUUCUCGGCGCCCGCCGUGCCCAGCGGCACCGGGCAGACGUCCGCGGAGCUGGAGGUCCACUCGAGGCACUCGCUGGUGUCCUUUGUGGUCCGCAUCGUCCCCAGCCCAGACUGGUUUGUGGGCGUGGACAGCCUGGACCUGUGCGAUGGGGACCGCUGGAGGGAGCAGGUUGCUGUGGACCUUUACCCCUACGACGCCGGGACCGACAGCGGCUUUACCUUCUCCUCCCCCAACUUCGCGACCAUCCCGCAGGACACGGUGACGGAGAUAACCUCCUCCUCUCCCAGCCACCCCGCAAACUCCUUCUACUACCCCCGGCUGAAGUCCCUGCCCCCCAUCGCCAGAGUGACCCUGGUGCGACUCCGGCAGAACCCCAGGGCCUUCGUCCCGCCCGCCCCAGGCCCCGCGGGCGCCGGCGGGGGCAAUGAGAUCGUGGACAGCCUCUCAGUUCCAGAAACUCCGCUGGAUUGCGAGGUCUCUCUGUGGUCGUCCUGGGGGCUGUGUGCAGGUCCGUGUGGGAAGCUGGGAGCCAAGAGCAGGACUCGCUACGUCCGCGUGCAGCCUGCCAACCACGGGGCACCCUGCCCGGAGCUCGAAGAGCAGGCCGAGUGCGUCCCGGACAACUGUGUCUGAGGCCAGAGCCCUGCGGGCCCUCCACCCUGCGUGGGGGCCACGCCCGGUGGUUCAGCGGGCCAAGGGGGGCUUUGUCCAGCAGGCCUCUGAGCUCCAACGCUGACCGACCCCUCCGCGCAGACGUACCUUCGGCUGCUGGAGGCAGCAGGACGUGGGGAGAGGCAUCUCCUUUCAGCAAGCUUUCCUCUCGGGCGCCUGGUCCUGGGACCCACUCUCAUGGGUGAGUUCAGCCCCGAGGUUACAAGUCUCUGCCAUAAAUCCACUUCCUGCUGGUCGGGGGUUGUCUGCGUGCAGACGGUGUGCCCACAGCGCCCACGGGGCCACCUGCAGGAGGGCCACGCACCCCAGGCCCAGGAGCCCAGGACAGCGGAUAUGAAACACCUCAGACCUGCUGUCCCUGGGCUACAGGCACUCACACCUCCGCCUGCCCCGCAGGCCGAGGCUGCCCUGAACAGGUCACGCAGGUCAGGUGGAUAAAGGAGAGCAGGCUCGGACAUCUCACCUUGGCCUUGUCACAUGACCCAUCUCCCUGCACUUGAAUAAAGACUGUUUCCUGACAUCA